UUGAGGUGAAAAGGGCGAAAGCCAGUGUAGUAGUUUCUUCGUUUGACAGCAGGGGCUUGUUUUACAUCACAAAACAACAAAGAUGAAAAUUUCAAGCGACGAUGCGGCAAUAGAGAUAAUCCAGGAGACGUUCGGGUAGCUUAUAGUUCAUUAGCUUUAACUCUGUCUCCCGAUGUGCGCUACGAAAUCAGCGCCAGACAACUUGAUAAUCGGCUGAACUGCAGAUGAAUGUGCCUGAGUGCCCCAGGAUUUGUUGUUGUUAGCUGCUAAUGCUAACCGUAGAAGUUGUGAGCUAGCUGGCCUAGCAAGCUAAAGGUUAAUUCGGGGGAAAGACAAUUAGCCGCAUAUGUUUGAUUUACUUAAUACUGUCCAGCGAGUAAAGUUGGCGUUGUGUAGCUGAUGGAGCCAGCUAACUUUGGCUUCAGUAGUUCAAGAACAGCAGUUUUUGCUAAGCUUUUCAAGUACCAGCUUUAGUAGUUGCCUAGCUUGCCAGUUAGCCACCACCAUCCUUGGAAGAAUGAGUAGAAAACACCAUCAUUUUAAAGGAGCAGAAGUCAGCUGCUGCGUGAAAUACUUCUUAUUUGGAUUCAACAUUUUAUUCUGGUUACUAGGAGCAGCAUUCCUGAGCAUAGGCCUGUGGGCAUGGGCGGAGAAGGGAGUGCUGUCCAAUCUGUCAUCCAUCACAGACCUCGGGGGCUUUGACCCCGUGUGGCUCUUCAUCGUUGUAGGAGGGGUGAUGUUCAUCCUGGGCUUUGCUGGCUGUAUUGGAGCGCUCAGAGAGAACACCUUCCUGCUGAAAUUUUUCUCUGUGUUCCUGGGUUUGAUCUUCUUCUUGGAGCUGACUGCGGGGAUCCUUGCCUUUGUCUUUAAGGACUGGAUCAAAGACCAGCUCAACUUCUUCAUCAACAAUAAUGUCAAGGCGUACCGCGAUGACAUCGACUUACAGAAUCUCAUUGAUUUUGCCCAGGAAUAUUGGUUGUGCUGUGGGGCUCACGGACCCGAUGACUGGAACCUGAACAUCUACUUCAACUGCACAGAGCUCAACCCCAGUCGCGAGCGCUGUGGAGUCCCCUUCUCCUGCUGUGUCAAAGAUCCUGCAGAGGAUGUCAUCAACACACAGUGCGGUUAUGAUGUUCGGCUUCAAGGGGAGCUAGACCGGCAAAAAUACAUCUAUACCAAGGGCUGUGUGGGACAGUUUGAGAAGUGGCUUCAAGACAACUUGAUUAUUGUAGCCGGUAUCUUUGUUGGUAUUGCACUUUUACAGAUUUUUGGGAUCUGUCUUGCUCAAAACCUGGUGAGUGAUGUCAAAGCUGUCAAAGCUAACUGGUGACAGGAAAGGUGACGUGAGGGAUGCCCACCCCUCAGGCCCAGCUCGGUCAACACGGCACAGAAACUGUCCCAUACUGCUGCGGACGAAGAGCCAAGAACAUUCAGUUCUAGCAGCACGUACACAAUCUCACACUUAGCACGCGUGCGGACACAGAGGGUUUACUUCUUUGUUCAUCAGCAACACUUGAAAGGGGCAAAACAAUGUCCCAGUGACCCAACAGUCAACAUUAUGUUUACCACUCAGCUGGGAUUUUAAUCCAAAUUACAGAGGACUGUCCUGUCUACACUAGAAGUUUUCUCUCUCUUUUUUUUUUUUCUCUGUUUCCUCUGAUUUUUGGACAUCCUUUGGACAAGUGUAUUUAUGGGGCGAAGUUGCACAAGAACUUCCUUUGACUGGGAGAUUGGAAGCCAUGGAUUUAAGUAAGAGGAAAAAUAACAAAGGAAAAGGGAUAAUAAGUCUCUUUUUUUUUUUUAAGGUCAAGCACUACAUUGUUACAGAUCCUCUCCCCACCCAGUGAGGGGUUGAACAUCUCCUCAUGCAAACUGCCUGUUCUUAACGUGCUUAUCCCCACAUCCUGCAGCAACGGAUAGCAGGUAGCUGCCCGGCCAGCCAACAGACACAUUGGUUCCUCUGCGUGUCAUUUUUCUCCAUCAUGUCCUAUUUAUGACCACUGGGAAGGCUCAGCACUGGCUGGUCAAAUCUGCAGCUCCAAAUCAUUUCCAGAGAUUUUAAAUUCUCUCUCAAAAUGUAUAAAGUGCCAUUAAUUUCCAGUGAUAUUUUUUUUGUUUCUUUACGUGGAAUUUCUGCACCCUGCCCCACAAUACCUCAGGGCCUGGCCGAAAAUAUAUGCUUUCUGCCACCAUUUAAAAGCAUAUCUAUUUUCCCCCGUCUAUGUCAAAACAGGGACACUUCCUCGAAAAUCACCCCGCUUACCCUGCAGUGAUUGUAUUAUCUGUUGAUUUACUGAAGGAUAUUAUAUUAUAUGGAACAGCCUGGUGUAGUUUGGAUUGUAGGUCUGUGCUAUUCAGGGACAGGGGUUUCAUGAUAGCUGAGAUUAUUUAUCUCUGAGCAUCCCUCAGGCACAUGGGGUUGCUGGUUUGGGGCCUUUUUACCUGACCUAUGUUUCCACAUUUGUCUUACGAUUUGUCCAUUGCAUAGUGAAAUAUAAAUAUUUGUCUUUUCAAGGAUGUUUUUUUUUUUUAAAUUCAUGCUUUAGUUCCUGUCCAUCCAGAGAUUUUUAUUCAGGAUUCAUUGUUUGGUCUUACCAGGCACCUAUUUUACCUCUCCAAAAUGGCUUCUUAUUGCUGGCAUUGUUAGCAGUCCUAAUGCAGACCAAAUGAUAUCAACUGGCCACAAGCUAACUGCCAAGGUUUUGUGUGGCUGCAGUUCUCAUUUUAAAUAGCAACAAAAUAGCAUUUUUUAGUUAGCCAAAAAUGUGAAUUAAUUGUCUCUUUUAUGUGGGAAGUGCCAGUUGAAAUUUAAAAAAACAACAAAAAAAAAAAACAAAACAAAGAAAAAGUAUAGCUUUUAUCUUUUAAGUCACUCUUGUGUCUUUGUGUCUUUUUUGUUUAGACUGUUUUUUUUAAAAUAGAAAAGUAAAUACGUGCUGUUUCCUUUUUGAUAUUAGCAACAGCCUCAAUAUAACAUGAAUGCUGCUUUAACUUUGAAUAGAUUACUGAUAUGUAGUGCAGUAACCAAUCUAACAAGUCUCACGAGAUUUCAUUUUAGCAGUUUACCAUAUUAUUUCCAGGCUGAGGGGAAUAUUCUGAUGUUUUGUUCUUUCUCAAGUUUACACUUUGUACUCAGCUCGCGUUGCCCCGUGUUGGUCUUUAUAAAAACACUAUAAGUUGCCUCGGCAACUUUUCAUCCAGUCUAUGAUCCACACAGAAUGUAGUUUGUGUUAUGACCUGAUUCACUUGAUAUUAUUUUGUGUUUCUGUCUGCAAUCUACAUGUAACCACUACUUUUGUUUCUGCUUUCGGCAUUCAGACGCAAAGCACAGGCAGGAUUUGGGUGGGAUUGACUCGACCGUACAUACACACAGGUCUAUAUAUAUAUAAACACACACAAAGACAUGUUUUGAAUUGCAGUGCACACAAGUUGGAAGAUGGGUAUCAUUAAUAUUCCAGGAACAGUACACCAUAACUUCUCCUGCCUCACAGACUCUGUCUUUAGAAUAUCUAUGAGCUCAUUCAGUAACGGCACCUUAUGAUCGCCUGCUGUGCGAACAUGUCACAUGUUGCUUUCACCCACCCGCUCCCUUCUUGAAACACUACCUGAUCUGACUGCACCUGUUUCAGAGCCUGUCAUUUUGAUGUAUUUUUAAACACUGGGCUCGUUGGAAAAAAGCGAAACAGAAGACAGAGCAACACUUAUUUGAUUUAAGGAUCUUGAAUAGAAUAGAUCCAGCGGAGCACAACACAUCUGCACUGGAGUGACAGAAUCUUAAUGACUUCUUUCGGUUGAAAUAGAUGAGCUUGCCGAGGAGAAGCUCAUUCAUCUCAACACUUGAGGUGUAAUUAGUUAGAGCCUCAAGCUGUUUGAGAGAAAAAACAAUUUUUUUUUCCUCCUGUUCAGAUAAAAUUUGGAAACAUUUAGAAUAAAACACAGCUCACAGCUCUUGCAGAGUCUCAUUUGCCAAGUUUUGUCUGAUGCUGUGUGAUUUCAUUUCUUCAUCCUUUCAUUCUAAAUACUUGUGGGCCUCCUUUGAUUUCACUGACUAUUUUAAAUCAACCUUCCCCACUUGAGUCCAGAAGAUCAGGAUGAAACCAGCGGGGUUUUUUUUUUUUUUUUUUGCUCUCCCCACCUUUCUACUAUGAAAAGUGGGUUGAAACAGAUGUGUGAUUAAUUAGUUCAACACAUCUUUGAAGUGUUUUCAUUUUUUUUCUUAAGUCACCCUCUAUUGGAAGUGUUUACUCAAGGACUCUCCUUCCCCUCAGGGAAAAAAACCAAAACAUCUGCUUAUGCAUGCGAGACGAUUCCGUGCUGUACAUGAUAAAAUGGAGGGCCGAUGCCUCUUGAGUGAUCCUGAGGUUGUGGCUGAAGGCAGAUGGAGGCCAUGGGUGUCAGUUCUGCUGCAGCUCUUAAACAAAAGCACUUGUCUCUCUGUCUCUCUCUCCCCCUCCCUCUCGCUCUCUCUUGCAGCCACCGCUGUCUGGAUGGAUAUGCCAAUAAUCAGACAGUCACCUUGGUAAUAAGGACAAUAAUGCCAUAAUAAUCAGUAGUAGCAUCGUGGCAGAGCUUUAAUAUGCAGACUCCACAGAGGUGACUUUCUGGACUUUUUUAACAGCUUUGGGUAGUUCUGGUUAGGUAUUCCUUUAAUGUAGGAGAAAGGGGCAGGGAGGAAACCAGGCUUAUUAUGCUUUGUCCUUAAUCAAAAUGGCCUUUCAUCAUGAAACUCUCUUUUGAUCUCUGCUUUCCCUGUUGGCAGUUAAAUCAUUCCAGAGGAGGAGCCUCAGUUAUGCUGUGUAAGUCCAUAAAACAGAACUAUUUCACAAAUUCUUGUGACGCUUAUGCACAAGACAAGUUUAGAAAUGCAAAAUAAAGAGAUGCCAUUCAUGAUGUUUUAAAGUGUAGUUUACACUUUUUUUCAUUGGUUAGUGAAGCAUGAAAGCAGAGCAUUCCAUUUGUGUGUGUUUGUGUGUGCACGUGUAGACCUUCAUGGAAAUGUUAUACGCAGCCAUAAAGUAUUUGAAUCAUUUAAAGAAUGUCUUGGUUCUCUCUUCAGUAGCUGUAAACAAUGUGGAUGAUUUCUAAAUAACCUGGAAAUCAUCACCUCUAUCCAGGUUUUGGUGAUUCAAUAUAAAAGUUCUUUUGGUAUCCUUCCUAUGCAUAUAUGAAUGAUUUAACAGAACUAUUUUCCUUUAUGCAUUUAAUACAAAGUGACUGUCAUCAUGACUGAUAAUCUCUCUUUUAGUCUUUUUGCUGCAGUCUGUUAAUGACUUGAGAUAUGUCUGAUGUUGCAUAGGAAAUGAGCAGCACAUCAGACAUCAACAAGACUUAAGGCCAAAGUGUGGGCGGAGGCUGGUCACAUCGAGUGCAGAGAGGCAGCAUAAUUGACUUGUUUCUGGGAAUAUUAACUGCAAUAUCACAGUUGGCAGGACUGACAUUUCCAUACCAGCUCGUGACAUUUGAUAAUGACACAGGCGUGACUGGAGCAUCAAAGCAUUUUAAAUUACAGAUUUGUAUACAGUUGAAGAAUUUGGCUACAAUAGUUAAUGAUCUAGAGAUAUAUUUUUUUUUCUCAGUUGUGCUUACACUUUCAUUGGUUUUUAGUUGUGUGUUGAUUGCAGCAGAAUACAACAAACAAAACCAGUCUAAAGUUCUUUCAGUUUAGACCGGUCUACACAGGUGGGUAGCCUUGUAAAGAAAUGAUGUAUAUGAAAACUGUGGGACAUGGUCUGUUACACUGUAUAUUGUGUUAAAAUAUGCCUCUUUCAUAUAUUAAAAGAUUUAUGAUAA